CCGCUCAAUUGAAAGUCACUUGAUUGGGUUUCGCGCUUCCUUAAGUGCGUUUCGGUGCAUAAUGGCUGUUGGAGCGGGUGUCAAUUAUUCUCAGGUCUUUAAAUAUAUUAUUGUUGGUGAUAUGGGUGUUGGAAAAAGUUGUCUAAUGCACCAGUUUACAGAAAAGAAAUUCUUCCCUGAUUGUCCUCACACUAUUGGUGUUGAAUUCGGAACUCGUAUCAUUGAAAUAAAUGACCAAAAAGUGAAGCUUCAGAUCUGGGAUACAGCUGGCCAGGAGCGCUUUCGGGCUGUUACUAAGUCCUAUUACCACGGGGCCAUGGGUGCCCUCUUAGUUUAUGAUAUAACGCGACGAUCUACAUUCCACCAUAUCCAGAAUUGGCUCAGUGAUGCUCGCAAGCUGACUUCCGCAAAUACUGUAAUAAUCAUGAUAGGAAAUAAGUCGGAUUUGGAGGAACAACGUGAUGUGUCAUAUGAGGAUGGCAAGACACUAGCGGAUGAAAAUGGUCUAAUGUUCCUGGAAUGUAGUGCAAAAUCUGCAAGAACGGAUGAGCCUGAGCGUAUGAAACCUACUUUCUUCUCUGUUUCGCUUGAAGGAGACAAUGUUGAAGCUGCGUUUCUGGAUACUGCGAAAAAAAUCUAUCAAAAUGUCCAGGAAGGAAGAGUUGCCCUCAUGGCCCCUGGUUGCACACUGGCACGAUGCGUCCUUAUACAUAGUCCUGAUCCCGUGCCGCCUCCCCUCCCUCUUCAAUCGUGUCCCACCUACGCCACUUCUCUGCUCUUUCGCUACGUUGGUGUUGUCAACCUUUGA